AUGGAAGUGACCAACCAAUCCUCUGUGGCAGAAUUUGUCUUGCUGGGGCUGUCAGAUCAGCCGAAACUGGAGAAAAUGUUCUUUGUGCUCAUCCUGUCAAUGUACCUAGUGAUCCUGCUGGGCAAUGGGGUCCUCAUCCUGGUGACCAUCCUUGACUCCCGCCUGCACACCCCCAUGUACUUCUUCCUGGGGAACCUCUCCUUCCUGGACAUCUGCUACACAACCUCCUCAGAAAACUAUACCCUUCUCANUUCCAUCCCUCUAGUCCUGGAUGGCUUCCUCACUCCCAGGAAAACCAUCUCCUUCUCAGGCUGUGCAGUGCAAAUGUUUCUCUCCUUUGCCAUGGGAGCCACCGAGUGUGUGCUUCUGGGCAUGAUGGCAUUUGAUCGCUACGUGGCCAUCUGCAACCCCCUUAGAUACUCUAUGGUCAUGAGCAAGGCUGCUUACGUGCCCAUGGCUGCCAGCUCCUGGCUGGCUGGUGGAGUCAACUCCUUGGCGCAGAUCUCUCUUGCAGUACAAUUACCCUUCUGUGGGGACAAUGUCAUCAACCACUUUACGUGUGAGAUCCUAGCUGUGCUGAAGUUGGCUUGUGCUGACAUCUCCAUCAAUGUGAUCAGCAUGGGGGUGGCCAAUGUGAUCUUCCUGGGGGUCCCAGUCCUUUUCAUCUUUGUCUCCUACAUCUUCAUUCUCACCACCAUCCUCAGGAUUCCCUCGGCUGAGGGCCGGCAAAAGGCCUUCUCGACCUGUUCUGCACAUCUUACAGUGGUGGUCAUCUUCUAUGGGACUAUUAUUUUUAUGUAUGCCAAACCCAAAUCAAAGGACCCACUGGGGGCAGACAAGCAGGAUGUUUCAGACAAGCUCAUCUCCCUGUUUUACGGAGUGUUGACUCCCAUGCUGAACCCCAUCAUCUACAGCCUGAGGAACAAGGAUGUGAAGGUUGCUAUGAAGAACCUAGCAAGUCAGAAAUGCAUCACCCAGUGA